GCUGCCACGCCACACGUCUCAAGAAUCUCAUUCCAAUUCCCAUCCAACGCCAUUGUUUUGCACUAAUAGUUUCUCGAGAGAACAAGAAAUCUCUCGACCGGAUGGUGGCCAUGGUAACCGAAGCAUGGACGCUCGCCGGGUGCGGCGUGGCGACGUCCAAGUCGUCAUCGUCGGCGGUGGCCACUCAGGAGCUGUUAUAUCCUGCUCCCAAGAAACACACGUCGUCGUUCAGAGCGGUGGCCGUGUCGAGCAGCAAAUGCCAGGACCGCGACGCCAUCGUCCUCAUCGGGAGGCGCCGGGGCAUCACGUCGUGCCUGCUGGCCGCGCUUGCCGCCGCCGGGGCCGGCGCCGGGGCCGCGCGGGCAGCCAUCCUAGAGGCGGACGACGACCUGGAGCUGCUGGAGCGUGUCAAGGAGGACAAGAAGAAGCGUCUGCAAAAGCAGGGACUCAUCAACUCCUCCACCGCCGAGACAGGAUAUUUGCAGGACCUCGUGUAUAAGCUGAGCAAGGUUGGGCAGGCCAUUGACAAGGACGACCUAAGCGCCGCCGGCGACAUCCUCGGCUCAGAUUCGGACGCCCCCUGGGUACAAAACGUCAAUGGAGCUUUCUCCAAGUUCAGCUCAAGCAGUGAGGAGAAGAGUGCAGUUGAUAGCUUCAACUCCUCGUUGGCCUCCUUAUUCGCAUCAGUGAGCAAGAGUGACAUCGGGUCCUCCAAGUCAGCGUUUGUGUCAUCGGCAACGGCGCUGGAGAAAUGGGUGUCCCUGGCGGGGCUGACAGGCAAGCUCAAAGGAUUCUGAAUGUUCUGAGAUGAGAAAGUUGUCUGACGAGUGCCUACCCGGACGAUGAUGUUUUUCUUCAAGCCCUGGAUCCAAAUUCCUCUCAAAAGUCGCAACAAAAAUGCAAAAAACGUUUUGCUCGUGAAGGAUUUGUGGGUUCUGCAAUUGUGAAUCUUCUGAGAGGGUAUUGUUUUUUUAGAGAAACAGGGCACCACACCCCGGUUCCAAAUAUAUUGAAACCAUCCAACCAACUUACAUCA